AUGUUCUAUGAGAAUCACCCAGUGUACGUUGAGCAGCGACUGAAGCUUGAGCCCACGUUCGCAGGCAAGUCGGCGCAGAUCGCCACCCAGUUUCAUCAGUUUCGCCAAGAGGUGGCCCCUGUGUCGCAUAACAAGGUCUGGGAGAAGGACAUCAUCGCGGAGAAUGACAAUGUUCAAAUAAUCAGCAACUGGGCAUCUUUCGAUGUUCUGCAGUACCAGGACAAGCCCGCGCGGGCGGGCAUGUCCAUGCUGCACCUGCUCGCCAUACCUAGGGAGGCAAUAAUAAACGGUGUCUAUCUGACUGACAGGAACGUCAGCGUCAUCGACGAGAUGAUCCACUUGUUUGAAGAGACGUGGGCAAAGCCUGAAAAACAGGACGAGAUAUUGCAGCACCAGAUAACGGCCAUCGACAGGCGCGCCAAAAACAUGGAGGGCGAGCCCUUCGCAAAACAAGCACACGAAGCGGCGCGCGCGCACUAUGACGAGCUGGUCGCCAUGGUCAAAGGAGGCCCGGGGCUCGGCGUUGGGGAUUUCCAGUACGGGUUACAUCUACGGCCGGAUAACAGUGCCGAUUAUCUCCAUCUGCAUAUCAUUGCCGCCCCGUACGAGUACCGCAAGUAUAGCACGUCAGAACAUGACAAGAAGACCAAGGAUGCGGUUGAGGUCCGUGACUUCAUUAUCCAGGACGCGCGCACCUCCGGGGGAGGUAGCUCGAGAACCCCGUCCAUCUCCGAUGAGGCAGGUUUCCGAUCGAGAGUGGACCCCAUAUGA